AUGCCAAAGCUAAACUUCGAUAUUGACGAAGCAACCUUGCUAAAGGCGUACAAGAUCAGCAGCUUGAACCCGCCGCGAUGGGAAGAAGUCGACCAUGAACUCGAAGAUUCUGUUGCAGGGGCGCUUCUCAGCCCCACUGCGGGGAACGAAGGCGAAGGGGACCCUCUCAAUCUUGGGAGUAAUCGUGCUCGGGGUUGCCGAUUUCUCAGCCUGCGAGACCUAGACAUGGAUACCAAGGCAGCUGUUCUUAUUACAUCGAAGUCUUUCGAUCCGAAGGCCUUCCUUUCCGCAGUACACCCCAAUGCGACAUACCAAGAUCUUGCCAGAGGGAUCGCUCAUCUCCAAAACUCCAUUGAAGCCCGUUCUGAAGCCCUCAGGGUUCUGGUGGAAGACAAUUUCGAUCGUUUCGUUGCUGUGAAAGCAUCCACUGAUGCCUUACAUGCCGAGAUGAAGGAUGGCAUCCUUGCGCCCUCUACAGAAUACGCGUCGAAACCUCUGAAGGACCAGCUCAAGCAGGCCGCGCAAAAGGCGAAUCAAGUGUUCCUGCCGGUUCUAGAGAACGCAUCAAAGGCGCAGAAAUUGCGCACCACUCUCGGGGUAUUCGAAAGAUCUAAGUUUUUCUUCAAUCUACCCAGUUUCAUUAUCGAAUCCAUCGAAGCGGGACGUUAUGAAGUGGCAAUGCGUGACUACAAGAAGGGCAAGUAUCUGCUUGAAAACAGGCCGGGUCAACUGCUGCCUAUUGGGACAUUGAAAGAUGGCGCGGCGACCAAGGAUGCCGAGCAGCAGCAGAAGAGAGUGCUCGAUAAAAUCUGGAACAGUGUGGAGAAGGCCAUGGGCGAGAUGCGUCGGGUCCUUGUCUCUCAGCUCCAAGAUUCGCGUAGAACCGUUGAUGAACAGGAGAAGACCUUGGAAAUUCUUUUAGAACUACAAUCGACUGAUGAGCCUGUCUGGACGUAUUUCGAUAGCCAUCAUAAACAUAUAAUCGAUGAAAUGAACAAGGCUUAUCGUUCUUCCGUCAACGCUAUUGAAGGGGCGCUAAAGAAGGCCAAUACCGAGUAUACGGACCCUACUUCCCUAAAUGCCUCGCUCGCAGAACAACUGCAGACUGCCAUCCUGCAGCUAGAAGCCAAGCAGUCCGAGGUUAUCGUCGCUAAAUCCCCAGGAGAACCCGUGUGGCAAGCCGUAUUGGAGCUAGUCAAGAACAUAUCCGAGGUUUUGCUUGCUUCUCUCCCGAGCUUCUGGAAAAUCUCUCGAAGCUUUAUUGACGGUCGCUUCAAAAAGUCCGCAUCUUCAUCUCAAUCUCGGCGGAGCCCAGCUCAAUGCCGUACUAUGGCAUUGGAUAUCGUGAAACUCUACAUUUCAUUGAUUUCGCAAUUCUUCAACUUAUCUGAUAUGGCGGUCAUGUCCUCGUCGAGUGGUUCCAGCAAUUCGGCACCAUCACUGUUGCCCAGCAAUUCACAUUCGCUGUCCACAGCUCAUUAUCUCCUCAAGGUGUUGGCUGAGAUACAAGACACGGUCAAUGAAAUCAACGGCAUGGAAAUUUCAAAUGAGGUGACCUCGCUGUUGAAGAGCCUUCUCGAAUCCGCCAGAUGGCGGGCUGAGGAUAUUCUCAUCAAUGCGUGGCUGCGAGAUGCCGCUAUCUUUUACCACGUCGAGUCAUGGGCGGCGAGCAGCUCCAUACCUCAUUCCACCCACUACCUAAGCCAGAUAGAGCUUUUCCAACGGCAGUUGACGACAGCUGCCUUCAAACUUGCCGGCGGUGUGGAGCCGACGUCCGGUUCAGCAGGCCGCAGCGCGGUAAAGCAGAAUCAAAUCCACCAAACUUUCACAACGAAGAUCACGAAGGCCUUCAUUGACAGUCUUUAUGCUCUCCUGGACGGCCUCGUUCUCCUCGCUUCAGACGAGUCACCUGUCGUGACUGGCAAACUGCCUCCACUGGACAAGAGUACCAUCCAGCGCCCCACGUCUCUGGACGUACUUGACGUCACGGAUAGUAACACGCGUAUGCUGAUUGUGGUCUCAAACUUUGGUCACAUGGCGAACAGCUUCAUUCCCAGUAUGCUCAACCAACUGGAAGGCGCGUUCAAUGUAUCCCUUUUGGAAGAUCGACAAACCCUGAACACCGUCAUCAAGGAGCUGGAUAAGACCUUGUUCGAGAGUUAUGUCAACCCCAAGGCGAAGGCCGUCAAGAACGCCUUGCGAAGUGGGAUUCUAGAUCCUCAAAUGGAUUGGUAUGACACGCCGCAGCCGAAAGAAAUUCGGCCAUAUGUGUUUGAAACAUUGAUGUACCUGGUGGAUGUGCAUGCGCAAGUCUGCGAGGCGGCAGAACCGCUACUGCCUCGUACCUUGAACCUCCUCGUGGAGGAGCUAGCAUCGGAAGCGCUCCAUUGUUUCCGUCAGGUUAAACGUUUUGGCAUGGGCGGAAUGUUGCGAGCGACGCUCGAAAUUGAGUUCAUGCACCAGACGUUGGGGAGAUAUGUCACACCACAUGCCGCCGAGACCCUUUCCGAGCUUUACAACAAGAUCUCCCAGGCAUAUGCCCGCCGUCCUGGAGAUGAAAAUCUGCAGGCAAGCUUGGACGGGGUGAAGAAGAUAUUGGCGGAGACAAGGCGAGCGACUGGAGUCGAGUUCCUGUGCUUCCGCCAAACUAAGACCGGUAGCUCGAAGAGUCGAAGUGGAGCUAAAACCAAGUAG